UCACCAAAAACUGCGCAUGCGUAAAACUCAGUUAGCAAGAUGGGAGAGAGUCGAUACGAUCGAGCUAUAACCGUUUUCUCUCCAGAUGGCCAUCUAUUCCAAGUAGAGUACGCUCAAGAGGCAGUCAAGAAAGGAUCAACAGCUGUCGCGGUGAGAGGCAAAGAUCACGUGGUUCUCGGAGUAGAGAAACGCUCUAUAGCCAAACUUCAAGAUCCGAGAACAGUGCGCAAGAUCUGCAUGCUGGACGAGCACGUGUGUCUGGCAUUUGCUGGAUUAAAUGCCGACGCGAGGAUUUUAGUAGACUGGGCUCGGCGUGAAUGCCAGAGCCAUCGAUUGACUGUAGAGGACCCUGUAACUGUAGAGUAUAUCGCGAGAGAGAUUGCGACCAUUAAACAGAGGUACACGCACAGUUUGGGUGCACGGCCUUUCGGCAUUGCGACUCUGAUUGUCGGGUUCGAUCCCGACAUGACACCGCGAGUCUUCCAGACUGAUCCUUCUGGAACAUACAGUUGUUGGAAGGCGAAUGCAAUCGGACGAAGUGCCAAAACUGUACGAGAAUAUAUGGAGCAGAACUACUCAGAGGAAGUAGUGGAUAGUGAAGAGGGGUGUAUAAAAUUGGCUCUCAAAGCUCUGCUGGAGGUGGUGCAGUCAGGCAGCAAGAACGUUGAGUUGGCAAUUAUGGAGAGAGGAAAAGCGUUAAAGAUCCUAGCAUCAGCCGAACUCGACAAAUAUGUGGAGGAAGUCGAAAAGGAGAAGGAAGCCGAAGCGGCCGAGAAGAAAAAGAAAGGAGCCCUGGGCACAAGCUAGCCAAAUCUAGAGACACACAGUAGCAUUCAAGUUCUGUUGACAAUAGAAGGAUAAAGUUGUACUGUACUGUAUAUUAUAGACUCACUAUACAACUCUACAAUACUGUCAGUAAAGUCAA